AUGUAUUCAAAACGACAACAAUUACCUUUGACAAUACCUAAUUGGAUGAAAAAAGAUGCUAAAGCAAAAAAAUUUACACCUGAUCUGGGUUUAUUGUCAACUGAUACAAGACAAAAUAUUAUGUUAAGUCGACAAUAUUUUUCUGAUAUGGUUAAUUUAACCGGUGAACAUCAUCGUAAAAUUGCUCAAUGUGAUUUUGAAAAAAAUAAAUUUAUUAAAAAUCAACGAACAAAAGCAGAAAAAAUAAUGCCUGGUCUUUUACCAUAUAUUGAACCAUUAAUAAAUGAUAAAUCUCAAGAUACAUUAUCAAAACAUAGAUUAAGUAAAAAUGAACAAUUCACAAGUUCAUCAUUUCAAUCAUUUACAUCAAAUUCAACUAAGAAAUCUGAAUUAACAUUUUCACGAGAACAAUCAAGUAAAAAAGAUAAACUACCACAAAUUAUCUCACCGAAAUAUUCUAAUCAACAACAAAAAUCAUCUGAACGUACAUAUCGUUUAAAUCAAUCAAAAAAUAAUCAUCGAAAUUCAACAAAACAAAAUCAUGUUCGUUCAAAUACUCUUGCACCAUUAACUGUUCAUGAUUUAUUUGGUGAUCUGGAUAUUGACGAUGAUUAUGAUAAUGAAUAUAAUUAUGAUUCUUUUUUAUCUGAAAAAUCUCAAAGUGCAACAAAAGAUCGACGUUUUCAACGAUUGAUUCAUGUAUUUUCUGAAGUAUAUGAACGUGAACCAACAAAUUUAAAAACAGUUAAAAGUAUAAUUCAAUCGAAUUCAUCUUUACAAAAUGUUGAAAAACAAAAACAACAAAUUUCAAAUUCAAUUAAACUUGAAAAUCAUCAACAAAUACUUUCUGAUGAAUCUUAUAAUAAAACAGAUAUGUAUCAAACUGAUGUAGCUGCAUGA